AUGGCUCUGUACAAACUCAGCACUGGUGAGUGUGGUGAGAGAGACAGAGGUAGCAACGAAGAGAGGGUUGGGGAUCUUGAUGAGGUAAUAGGUAUUGCCCAAACUAGUAUUGCAUCUAACACUUCUGAUCAACAAAAUGUGUGUGAUUACCUCUCUGGAGAACACUGCAAGAAACUAGAACCAGUGUAUACUGAGCUAGGCAAAAAAUACAAGAAUGAGAAAAAUCUGGUCAUAGCCAAGAUAGAAGCUACUGCAGCCACUUCGCUAGCAAGUCGUUUUGAUGUCAGUGGCUACCCAACCAUCAAAAUCCUGAAAAAAGGCCAACCUGUUGACUAUGAUGGUUCUCGGACGGAAGAUGCAAUUGUGGCCAAAGUCAAGGAGGUUUCAGACCCCAGUUGGACCCCUCCACCAGAUGCUACGCUGGUAUUGACCCAGGAUAAUUUUGACGACAUUGUGAAUGGUGCUGACAUAAUCCUGGUGGAGUUCUAUGCCCCAUGGUGUGGACACUGCAAAAGGCUUGCUCCAGAAUAUGAGAAGGCUGCCCAAGAGCUCAGCAAGCGCACACCUCCUAUUCCCCUGGCUAAAGUCGAUGCUACUGCUGAAACUGAGCUUGCAAAGAAGUUUGAUGUUACUGGCUACCCAACUCUGAAAAUAUUCCGCAAGGGCAAACCUUAUGACUACAAUGGUCCACGGGAAAAAUACGGUAUUGUUGACUACAUGAUUGAACAGGCUGGUCCUCCAUCCAAACAGAUUCAGGCUACCAAGCAGGUACAGGAAUUUCUGAGAGAUGGGGAUGAUGUCAUUAUCAUUGGUGUCUUUAGUGGAGAGAAUGACAAAGCCUAUCAGCUCUAUCAGCACUCCCCCCCACCCACCUCCAAGAGAGUCCUUUUUAUAGAUGAAGGGGGGAAAAAGAAAAUCUUUGAAAAACAUCAGCCAGUCCAUAAAUCAAACGACACUGUGGCAUUACGAGAGGAAGAAUCACCCUAA